ACAGGGAGUGGAAAGGAGAGGGGGUUGAAUUCAUUUGCAACAAUGAAAUAUCUUUGUAUGUUUAGUAAUUAAUUAGCGGAUGCAUUUAAUUAAUUCUAACGAACGGAUGGUAGAAGAUUGUAUUUAAAUUAUGUGCUAUCAUUAUCGCUUUUUCUCUAGACGUAGUUUCCGGUUUAAAUCAAGAGUCCCGUCUAAAAGCAUUAGCGUUAAGUCGUUAUCUGUGGUCGAUACUUAUCGCGUCAACUAUAUACAUACAUGCCUUCCUCAGUCUUAACCGCGAAUGUGCGGAAAAUUUUUUUUAGUUGUUUAUACAGAGUAUACAGGGCAAAUAUUAAUUUUUAAUAGCUUACUAAAUGUUGCAACGGAAUAGUGACAUUACUAUAAUUAUUUUGUUUUAUCCUAUACGACCUUGGAAAUAAAUGCAAAUAUAAUGCCUUUAGCGAAUCUGACGGUUCCUUGGACUGAACAACAUGUAAAUGAAAAGCAGGGAUUAGAAAUUCUGUCAGAUGAGAACCAGGAAGAAACAAUGAUUACUCAAGAAAACCUUAUUGAGUCUCGCUCAAAUGGGUGUUCCGAGUCGCAUGAAAUUGAGGUUCGUGAGGUGGUUCGAGAUGGACACGAAAAAGCAGAUCCGUCUCACUUUGAACUAUUAAAAGUACUUGGUCAAGGCUCUUUUGGCAAGGUAUUUUUAGUACGGAAAGUUGUGGGAAAGGAUAACGGCACACUAUAUGCUAUGAAGGUUCUUAAAAAGGCGACUUUAAAAGUCAGAGACAGAGUAAGAACAAAAAUGGAAAGAAAUAUAUUGGUGGAUGUGGAGCAUCCAUUCAUUGUUCGACUACACUAUGCAUUCCAGACAGAGGGCAAACUGUACUUGAUCUUAGACUUCCUAAAGGGUGGUGAUCUUUUUACAAGACUAUCCAAAGAGGUCAUGUUCACGGAAGAGGAUGUAAAAUUUUAUCUUGCUGAACUUGCACUUGCAUUGGAUCAUAUACAUAAACUUGGUAUAAUAUAUCGUGAUUUAAAACCGGAAAACAUUUUAUUGGACACUGAAGGGCAUAUCUCUUUAACUGAUUUUGGAUUAAGUAAACAAUCAUUGGAUAAUUCUAAAGCAUAUUCAUUUUGUGGUACAAUUGAAUAUAUGGCACCGGAAAUCGUUAAUCGAAAAGGGCAUUCUUAUGCUGCGGAUUGGUGGAGCUUUGGUAUACUUUUGUUUGAGAUGUUGACGGGUGCACUUCCAUUCCAAGGUGCGAAUAGAAAGGAAACUAUGACACAAAUAUUAAAAGCAAAGCUUAUCAUGCCUUCUAAUAUCUCAUUGGAAGCCCGUGCAUUAUUACGAGUAUUAUUCAAAAGAAAUCCAGCAAAUAGACUUGGAUCUGGUAGUGUAGAAGAAAUAAAAAACCAUAUCUUUUUUGGAACCAUUGAUUGGGAUGCUCUUUAUAGGAAAGAGAUAAGACCGCCUUUCAAGCCAGCUGUUAGUCAAGAAGAUGAUGCAUUUUAUUUUGAUAGUGAAUUUACGUGUAAAACACCUAAAGAUUCUCCUGCUGUACCUCCUAGCGCAAAUGCUCAUGAAUUGUUUCGUGGCUUUAGCUUUGUUGCACCUUGUUUAUUAGAAGAUCAUACAAAAACUCCAGAGUACAAAAACUGUGAUAGUAUUAGUAAUACUUUCCCAGCUUAUGUCAAUCCUAUUUUAGUAACCGAUGAAUAUGAAUUUAAGCAGGAGAUAGGUAAAGGAACUUAUAGUACCGUUUACCUUGCAGUUCAUAAGGCAACUAAAACUGAAUAUGCUAUUAAGGUGAUUGAAAAAGCAAAACGGGAUCCUUCGGAAGAAAUAGAAAUAUUGUUACGAUACGGAAGGCAUCCACAUAUCGUAUCUCUAAGGACCGUUCAUGAAGACGAUAGACGAGUUUAUCUUGUAUUAGAAUUAUUGCGAGGUGGUGAACUUCUUGAUCGAUUGUUACAAAGACGUAAUUUUACAGAAAGAGAAGCUGCCGAGGUGAUAUAUACAAUUACCAGUGUAGUUCAUUAUUUACAUGAAAAUGGAGUAGUUCAUCGUGAUUUGAAACCAUCAAAUAUAUUGUUUUCAAAACCUGGUGGCGAUCCAAGUACAUUAUGUAUAUGUGAUCUUGGCUUUGCUAAACAAUUACGUGCAGAAAAUGGUUUAUUAAUGACACCAUGUUAUACGGCCAAUUUUGUUGCACCUGAAGUAUUAAAACGGCAAGGAUAUGAUACAGCUUGUGAUAUUUGGUCUUUAGGUGUUUUAUUAUAUAUUAUGUUAGCCGGAUACACCCCUUUCCGAAACAGUCCAGGAGAUAGUGCAACCGAUAUACUUGAUCAUAUUGGACCUGGGUAUAUAGAUGUAGAAAGUGGAGUAUGGUGUCAAAUAUCAAUGGAAGCCAAAGAAUUGGUGAAGAGAAUGUUACACGUUGAUCCUAAUCGUAGGCCUACAGCAGCUUUAAUUUUAAAAUAUCCUUGGAUUGCAAAUCGUCAUCACCUUCCACAAAAAAUGUUACCUGAUAUCAGUACAGAUCCACAUAGUUUAAAGAUGGCCGUUGCAGCGACAUACAAAGCUAUGUCAAAUAGUCCAAGAUUACCUCAUAUUGGGCCUGUUGUUUUGUCAGAAUUAGCCCGUCGUAGAACACAAGGUAAACCAGGUCCUACAGAAAUUUAAAAUUAAAUUUUAAGAUACGUUGAAAAAAAAUGAUAAAAGAAAAAAAAAAGAAGAAAAAAGAAAAAAGAAAAAAAAGAAAAAAAAGAACAAGAAAGAAGAGAGAAAGGAAGGAAUUAAAAAUAUCUAAAAGAAUCUUAAAAGGGCAAAUUUUGACAUGUACAAGCGAGAUAAUUUAAAGUACAAGAAGAAAGAA